AUGCCGUCAGCCAUCAUCCAGCCGACCGCAGCGCACACCGCAACCGUCAUCUUUGCUCAUGGUCUCGGCGACGAGGGAGCAAGUUGGCGCGCAGCGAUAAGCGGUGAUUACGACUACAGAAAGCCCGGUGAACUGACAAUCCCCGCUCGUCUUCCUCACGUCAAAUGGAUCUUUCCAGAUGCGCCCGAGCAAGCUGUCACGGCGAAUUUUGGCAGUGAGAUGCCUUCAUGGUUUGAUAUGUCUAAUCUACCGCUUCCAGCGGAGCUGUACUUGAGCAAAGUAGUUGAUGAUGACGAGAGCAUGAAGAAUAGUGUUAAGAUCAUAGAUGACUUGGUUCAAGCAGAAGUUAAGGCUGGAAUACCAGAAAGUCGCAUCGUAGUGGGUGGAUUCAGUCAAGGAGGAGCUCUGGCUUUGGUGGCGGGUUUGGGUGGUAAAGAAUGGAGAACGAAGAGUUCCGGGGAUGAAAGCAAGCUGGCUGGUGUAGUCGUGCUGAGCGGUUGGAUGCCAGUCAGAGACAAGUUCAACUCGCGCAUUUCCCCGCAUGCCAAAUCUAUGCCAGUAUUAUGGGGACACGGAACAGCAGAUACGGUGAUAUACCAUAAAGUGGGGGAGAUUUCAGUUGAAUUACUUCAAGAUCAACUUGGUAUCGUGAAGCACGGUGCCCAUGACCAACUUGGCGCUCCUGGGAUUAACUUUCGGUCUUAUGAACGUAUGGGCCACGCUUCAUGCAAGAAAGAGAUGGAUGACUUGGUGACAUUCUUGGGAAGUGUCGUACCACAGCAGGUAUGGUUAAGUGACCCUCCUCGACUAAAUACAUACUGA